AUGAUACCGUUACUUCUUUUAACCUUUGCAGUGGCUAAAUGGUGUUUAGAAGAGAACAAAAUUCAAUGUGAUUAUUGUGGCGUUAACGGAGAAAGUGUGAAUGAAAUGAUUGAAGAAAAUGACGUGAUUAACUUGAAAAAGUUCAACAUUGCUGGAAAUUUUAAAGAAAUUGAAAUUCGGUGUAAAAAACACAAAGAAAUACAAAUAAAUUUCGAUGAUACUAUUUCAAGAAUUAAAGUCACUUUUGAGAAUGCAAAAGUAGUUUUUCUAAACACAAAACAGGUUUUUGAUAAUGUAAACAAUUCGACUUUUAAAAUCAAUCCAAAUUGGGUGAUACAAUACAGUUAUCUCAAAACAAGUUCCAUCAAAAAAGAUAUAACAUGUGGCUCAAUUUUACAACCAAAUUGUUUGGAGUGUGUUAGUUACAACGGAAAUCAUUGUUACCAAUGUGAAGACGGUUAUCAAGUUGCAAAUUCUAAUGAUAAUUCUAUUGUUAAAUGCUAUCUUUUAAAUGACACUGAUCACACUCCAAUUUGUGGUGAUAGUGGACUUUCUUCGUGGAACCAAGAUGGUAUAUGUAUACCAACAAAUUGUAUCUCAUAUAACAGCUACACAGGGUAUUGCAAUUUGUGUUAUCAAAAUUAUUUGUUUGAUAAUGGAAAGUGUUAUCCAAAAGCAACAAAUUGUGGAACUUAUAAUACAAAUCAAUAUUGGUGCAGUCAAUGUAACUCAGGAUAUUUUCCAUAUUAUUAUAAUUGUGUUCCAUGUGGAUAUAUGGAGGGGUGCACAAGUUGCAGUCAAAAUCAUUACAAAACGUGUUAUUCAUGUAGCAAUGGCUAUUACCUCAAAGAAGAAGGAUAUUAUAAAAUAUGCAAGAAGUGUCCUUCUAAUUGUGCCUAUUGUAACCAAGAUUAUAAUGGGAAUUUAAAAUGUUCAAGUUGUGAUGGUGGUUAUUAUGUGGUAAAUAACGAUUGUAUAUCGUGUGGUGCUGGGUGCAAAGGUUGUAGUACAGUAAGCGGACAAAGUGGCAAAACACAAUGUAAUGAAUGUUUUGAUCAUUAUUAUAACAACGAGAAUUAUGUUUGCACAGUAUGUGAUUCAACGUGUGGCAAUUGCAAUUGGGGAACAGGAAUAUGCACCACGUGUGCUUCUGGAUACGUUUUGAAAACCACAUCAAGCACAAAGUGUGAAUUGUGCAAAAAUUAUGACAGUAAUUGUGAAACUUGCCUUGAACCGAACAGGCAGUGUUAUCAGUGUGUCUCUGGAAUGUACCCAAAUACCAAUAAACAAUGUAUUAAUUGUGAUUUGUCAUGUAGUAUGUGUUCUCAAACAACUGGGUUGUGUUCUGUGUGUGCAAGUGGAUAUACAAAAACCGUUUCAGACAACCAAACUUGUGAUAGUUGCUCAACUGCUUUUCCCAUUUGUGUUUUGUGUUCACAAACGCUCAGACAAUGCCAAACAUGUUCAACGGGAUUUUAUCCACUUCAGGUAUCGCCAUAUACAUGCCAGCAGUGUCACUCAAGUUGUGCAAAUAAAUGCAACUCGUCAACUGGAUAUUGCACAACGUGUGUGAGUGGAUAUGUCCCACAACUCAACCAACCAUCUCUAACGUGUGAGUUGUGUUCUUCUUUUGAUACCAAUUGUCAGACUUGUGCCACUGAUGGAACACGAAGUUGCACUUUGUGUAAAAGCACUUAUUAUAUUUCUGAUAACAAAAAGUGUUCAAAAUGUGAUGCGUCUUGUGAUUACAAAUGUGAUUGGAAUACUGGAUAUUGUACUUCGUGUGCAUCAAAUUAUGUUUUUAGCAGUCCAACUUCGAGAGUGUGCCAAAAUUGCAGUGAGUUUGAUUCAAAUUGCGGUUUAUGUGCAACUAACUUCAGUCGCAAAUGUUUAAUUUGUAAAACAAAUUUAUAUCCAAACGACAGUGGGAAGUGUGUUUCAUGUGCGACAAAUUGCACAACUUGUAAUUCAGCAACUGGUAUUUGCACGUUGUGUGCAUCAGAAAACGUGUUUGAAGACUCCCCAUCAAAAGUGUGUGUGUUUUGUAAAACGUUUGAUAACAAAUGUGAAACGUGUCAAAAUGGUGGAAAUAGAAGUUGUGUGACAUGUAUGGUGGGGUAUUAUCCAGGUACGACAGGAAAGUGUAUUUCAUGUGAUACAACUUGUCAAACAAACACGUGUAAUACAAAUAACGGUUUAUGUACAAAAUGUGUUCAAAACUAUGUUGUGACAUCUCCAACUUCUAAAAUGUGUCAGAAAUGUUCAGAUUUUGAUUCAAAAUGCAAAACAUGUGCAACUAAUUUCACAAGAAAAUGUGUUGAGUGCAACACCAAUUAUCAUCCAGUCAAUGGAAGAUGUGUUGUGUGUGAUUCGUCAUGUGGAGGGAGUUGUAGUGGUGUGACUGGAUACUGCACUGGUUGUGCUUCAAAUUAUGUACCUACAUUACUCGAUCCUUCCAAAUGUGAGCCGUGCUCAACUUUUGAUGAAAAUUGCACCACUUGUGCAGCAGGAGAAAGACAGUGUUUAACAUGUAAAACGUCCAAAUAUCCCGAUGAGACAACUGGAAUGUGUAAAAACUGCAGUUGGACGUGUGAUAACAACUGUGAUCCAUCAACAGGAAUAUGCACAAGUUGCGUUUCAAAUUAUGUUUUUGAGAAUCCAAAAUCGAAAGUGUGUGUUCCCUGUAAAAGAUUUGAUGUGAAUUGCAAUGUGUGUUCGUCAGACAAACAACGAAGCUGUACCAUUUGUGAGAGUAAUUAUUACCCAAAACAAGGGCUCUGUGUACCAUGUGACUACGGGUGCACUACUUGUAGUUCCGCAACAGGAAAAUGUUCGGCGUGUCAAACAAACUUUGUGCCUUCAACUGUGAAUAACACGGCGUGUGUUCCAUGUGCAGAUUUUGAUAAUAAUUGCAAGACGUGCGCAACAUUGUUUGGGCGAUACUGUAUUGAGUGCAAUGACCAUUUCAAGCCUUCGGUUGAUGGGGUUUGUGUGAGUUGUGAUGUUUCUUGCAACAACAACUGUGAUCCAAUAUAUGGAACUUGUACCACAUGUUCAACAAAUUACGUUUUCACAUCGCCACCAUCAUACAAAUGUGAUAAUUGCAGUGUUUUUGAUCAAUAUUGUGAUGAGUGUGCGUCAGAUUUUUCAAGAAAGUGUGUGACGUGUCGAGGCGGCAAAUACCCCAAAGAUGGUGUUAAUUGCACCAAUUGUGAUUCAAGUUGUGGAAAUCAGUGUGAUGGCAAAGAUGGUCAUUGCACGGGGUGUGCCACCAAUUAUGUGUUGUCUGCCACAAACAGUUUACAAUGUGAGAGUUGUGUGUCUUUUGAUGCAAAUUGUCAAACUUGUUCGCCAGACUUUACAAGAAAAUGUGUGACAUGUGUUUCUGGAUAUUUUGUGUUUGAAAACAAGUGUAAGAAGUGUGACGACACGUGCAACAAUCAGUGUGACAGCUCUACUGGAUUUUGCACAGGAUGUCAGAACAACAUGGUCUUUGGUGAUACAAACCAAAGCCUUUGUGUUGCUUGUACUGCAUUUGAUUCAAAUUGCUAUAUUUGCGACUCUUCUUUCAAUAGAGGUUGCAACACGUGUACAAACAGACAAUAUGUUGAUAGUACAAGCAAAAAGUGCAUACCAUGUAAUCCUGCAUGUAAUCAAUGUAAUGGACAAACGGGAGCGUGCACUAAUUGUUUGCCCAAUUAUGUAACAAGUUUAACAUCAGGUGGUUGUGAAAGCUGUGAUUCAUUUGAUUCCAAUUGUAAAUUCUGUGCUCAAAACCAAACACGAAAUUGCAUUCAAUGCAACGACACGUAUUAUCCCGUGUUAACAAGUGGAGAAAUGAAAUGUGGUUUGUGUGACUCGACGUGUGGAGGGAAUUGUGAUCCAACAGACGGUCAUUGCACAGGGUGCCAAAACAAUUAUGUUCUGUAUGAAACAAACAAUUUGAAGUGCCAAAAAUGCUCUAAUUUCGAUAGCAACUGUUUCACAUGCAACUCCAAUUAUGAAAGAAAGUGUACCACUUGCAACACGGGAUAUUAUCCAAAUGCAGACGGGAAAUGCAUUUCUUGUGAAGCUUCGUGUGCACCAAAGACGUGUAACACAUCAAAUGGCAAUUGUGACAAAUGCACUGAAAAUAAAGUCAUCACAAGUCCAAUUUCAAAUGUUUGUGUUGAUUGCACUGCUUUUGAUUCAAGGUGUGUGACGUGUUCACCAUCGUUUGUAAGAAAGUGUAUAAAAUGUGUUGCUGGUAGUUACCCACAAACCGCUGGCGAUUUCAGAUGUAAAUAUUGUGAUGCCACAUGUAAAUUGAAGUGUGACACGACAAAUGGACAUUGUACUGGGUGUAGCGAAUCGUAUGUUCCAACAACAUCAGAUCCAUUUAAGUGUGAAAGUUGCCAAACAUUUGACUUUAAUUGUGCGACUUGUGUUUCUGAUAAAAGAGAGUGUGCUGUUUGCAAAAUGGGAAAAUACCCAAGUGACUCAAAUAAAAUAUGCCAAGACUGUGACUCAACAUGUAACGGCGAUUGUAACACAGCAAAUGGAAUUUGUAACACGUGUUCAUACAAUUAUGUUUUCAAUGAACCAAAAGGAAGAAGUUGUGUGCCAUGUGCAACAUUUGACAGUCAUUGUGUAACUUGUGCUUUUGAUUAUUCAAGAAGGUGUGUAAAGUGUUUAAAUGGGUAUUACCCCGACACAAAUGGAAAAUGUGUUGCGUGCUCAACAAUAACAAGCAAUUGCAACACUUGUAAUACAACGGAAAAGAGUUGUUUCAGCUGCAAAGACCCGUAUUACCUCUCAAAUCAAAAAUGUCUAUUGUGUGAAGCUGGAACUUACAAAAAGACAGAGAUUACUUGUGACAAGUGUUACAAUGCUAUUUUGAAUUGUAAGAACUGUGGAACGGCUUCUGUUGGCAAUGCGAAGUGCAACGAGUGUUAUCCCCCAUACACUUUAAGUUCAAAUAGUAAAAGUUGUGACCAAUGUGCUUCAACUUCAUAUUAUGACAGAACAACAAAUCAGUGUGUAAAUAGAAACACGACGUGUUCUGUACAAAUUGAAAGCACUAAAUGUGUCCAUUGCACCGAUGAUUAUUUCAUAUCAAAUGGGAUGUGUAAAAAUGCUCAAAACUGUAACAGCCCAUCGAGUCUGUCACCGGCGUCAUGUGAUUGUUCAGACCAAAUUUCGAUCAAUUCCGAUUGUGUGUCAGUUGCUUCAAAUUGCAAAUAUCAGAAAACAAUGAAUUCAAUUUCAACGUGUUUGGUGUGCAAAGACAAUUUUACUUUAUCACAAAAUACAUGUAACAAAAUAGAAUCAAAUGAAUUGUAUAAAAAUGGUGUUCAGUACAGUUGUUUGGAUGGCCAAUAUCUAAAUAAUAACAAUGUAUGCGAAGUGUGUCCAAAUUCAGCUUCAAUUUGUAUUAAUAAUAAAAAUAAUAUCUACACAUUGAAAUGUAGACCAAACACAGUCACAGAUGUUGGUACAGAGCAAUGUAUAACAGAUGAGAUGUGUUUGCAAUAUACACACGAUUACUGCUCUCAAUGCAAGUCGGUGUCAUCACAGAUCAUCAAUGGAAUAUGCACAUCCUGCCAAACACCAAACUGCCGAUUUUGUGAAGGAAACAAGUGCAAGCGAUGUGCCAACGACUAUUUGAUGGUCAAAGAGAAUCAAUGCGUUUCUCAAAGUGACAAAAACUGUGACAAGUCGAGUGUGUCUGGGUGUGUGAUGUGUUCAAGUGGGUUCUAUCAAGUUGACUCUUUGAACGUUGAAGGCAAAUUCGAUUUCUGUCUUCCAAUACCCCCAUCACUAUAUCCAAAUUGUAAACGGCUUGCUUUUUCAACGAGUAAAUGUGUAGAAUGCAACGAUUUGUUUAAAUUGAAAGGUGGGGUGUGUAAGGAAUCAUUCGAAGAUGAAGUUCCUGUUGUUCCAUCAGAAACGGAACCCGAACUUCCUGUCUCUGUUAUAUCCAAUUCGCAUAUUGAAUAUUCACUCAAUUUGAAAGGAGUUACUGAGUCCAAAUGUCAAAUGAGAGACAACAAAGGAUGUCAACGGUGUUAUGACGGAUAUUACUUCGAAGACAACGGGUGUGUAAAAUGCACCAACGAUUGCGGUUCGUGUUACUCACAGACAUAUUGUACUUCAUGUGAAAGUGGGUUUUAUCUUGACUCAAAAAAUCGAUGUCAGACACUUGGUGAUUUGAGUGCAAGAUGCAGUGUCGCGCUUCCAACCGGUGGUGGGUGUGCUAUAUGUAGAGAUGGAUAUUAUAAAGUGCUCAAAGAUUGUAUUGUCUGUGACAUUUCAUGUAGUUCAUGUAUUAGCAAUACUUCGUGUUCUGUAUGUGCAGAUGGCUAUUUCAUCAUCGAGUCUGAGAGUCGCUUGUGUCAACUCAACACAACAAAUACGAAUUGUUUGAAAGUUGGGUAUUAUGGCUGUGAAGUCUGUGCUGAUGGAUAUUACUUAUCCAAUUCUCGUUGUACAAAAUGCAAUGAAACGUGUUCUUUGUGUACUUUACAAGGUGUGUGUACAAAUUGUGUAUCAAAAGAUUACGUUUUAUUAAAUUCGGAUUGUGUAUACUACUCUGAAAUUAAAAAUUGCGCAGAAGCUUCAGACUCAAAAUGCACGAAGUGUAAAGGAAGUAAUAAACCGUCAGAUGUAGGUGAUGAGUGUAUCUAUCAAGUGAACUUAGGAGCUGCAAUAGGUGUACCAUUAUCUAUAGUAUUUGUUAUUAUAGUAUUAAUAGCAAUAAUAAUAGUAAUUGUCUAUCUCUUAUUCAUGCGUCACAAAGAAAAGGAGAAACUUCAAAACAUCUGUGUCUUCCAAAUGAAGCGUUCGAAUAUAACGAUGACUCCAUUGAACAAACAGAUUUGUUGUAACAAGAAUCCCAUUCGAUUUGAUUUAGAGGAAGACCCUCCAAUUGGUGUUGAUGAGGAGACACGGGACUUGAUCUGCAUUGGAAACACCACAAAACACAAUAUGAAAGUCCAAUUCAGUGUAAUGGCAGGGUGCGACCACUACGAGAUCAGAACAGUUCCUUCUUUGAUAUCAUUAAAGAAGGGAGAAGCUUGUGAAUUUGAAAUAUUUAUAAAGCCAUUGUGUUCAUGUGAAAUGAAAGAAGACAUCAUGGUCAUUGGUCUUGACAUUCAAACGGGGAUUCAAUAUAACGAGCGAAUUCAAGUCGAAACCAAGACGAAAAACACGACGAAAUUGAAUUACAGAGAACUUGAGGAGACCAAGAAAAUAGGCGAAGGCUCCUUUGGAAUUGUCUUUAAAGGGACUUUUAGAGGGAAAACAGUUGCGAUCAAAAAAUUGAAAAAUUCCAAUGCGACAAAACAGGCGAUUGACGAGUUUGAGAAGGAAGUGAGUAUGUUAGACAAAUUUAGAAGUGAUUUUAUUAUUCACUUCUACGGCGCUUGUUUCAUCCCAAGUCAUAUUGCGAUGAUCACUGAAUUUGCCGAACAUGGGUCUUUAGCUGAUAUGAUAAACAAAGAGAAAGAAAUCAGUCUUAAAAUGAAGAUUAAAAUCUUGUGUGAUGGAGCAAGAGGAAUACAGUAUUUACACGAGAAUGGCAUUUUACACAGAGACAUUAAACCAGACAAUAUUCUUGUUAUUACAAUGGAAGAGAAUGUCAAGGCUAAUGGAAAGUUGACUGACUUUGGAAGUAGUAGAAAUAUUAAUAUGUUAAUGACUAACAUGACUUUCACUAAAGGAAUUGGAACACCAAAAUAUAUGGCGCCUGAAGUGUUAAAUAAAGAACAUUAUAAGAAGUCAUCCGAUGUCUAUUCACUUGCUGUGACUAUGUACGAGGCGCUUGUGUGGGGAGAAGCUUUUCCUAAGAGCGAAUUUAAAUACGCGUGGUCGAUUGCCGAUUUCAUUACAAGCGGAAAUAGAAGACAAAGAACGGAAAACAUGAAUGAAGAGGCUUAUAUUAUAAUGAACGAAAUGUGGGCACAGAAACAAGAAGAACGACCAACAGUUGAAAUUGCAAUAGAAAAAUUACACAAAUUGUACGAAUCACUACUUUGA